UCUCUCUCUCUCUCUCUCUCUCUCUCUCUCUCUCUCUCUCUUUUCGGGAGCGGCCGACAUUCUUUAUCGCCCAUCAACACUUUAUCCUCCACAGUCUUUCUCCUCUCAGCCAUUAACGGACUACGCUUUCCGUCGCCCGUCGUCAAGUUCGUUCCCAGCGCCGACACCGUCCGACAUGUUCCGCUGCGGGAUCGCCUACCCUCGGUGCAGGUGGAUCGUGCCCCUGCUGCUGCUGUUCGCCGUCAUUUUCGACCUGAUCGCCGUGGCGGCCCAGUCCGGAUGGGUCGAGGACGAAAACGCCAAGUCUCACUACGCCAGCAUGUGGACCGAGUGCCGAGGGAGGAACGACAACUGGGACUGCAGGACCCUCAUGGGGAACC